AUGGCUUCUGCUGCUCUGAGAGACGAAGUGGACUGUUCCAUCUGUCUGGACACUUAUACAGAUCCUGUAAUGCUGAGAUGUGGACACAACUUCUGCCAGGUCUGUAUUGAUCAGUUCCUGGAUACACAGGAGGGGUCUGGAGUUUAUUCCUGUCCUGAAUGCAGAGAAGAGUUUCAGGAUCGGUCUGCACUGAUGAGGAACAUCGCUCUGAGGAACAUAAUAGAGAACUUCCUGCUUACUGAACAAAGAAGGACAGAAACCGGGAUCUUCUGCACUUACUGUGGCCACUGUGUGCACUCCACUGUACCUGCUGUGAAAUCCUGUCUGCACUGUGAGGCUUCUCUGUGUGACGAUCACCUGAGAACUCACAACAAGUCACCAGAACACGUCUUAUCUGAGCCCAGAAAUUCUCUGGAGAACAAGAAAUGUUCUGUCCAUAAGAAGGUCCUGGAAUAUUACUGCACUGAGGACGCUGCUUGUAACUGUGUGUCCUGUCUGAUCGGUGAACACAAUGGACAUAAGAUGGAGUCACUAGAUCAGGCUUCUAAAAACAAGAAGGAGAAACUGAGGAAUAUUCUCCAGAAAAUGACCAUAAAGAGAAAGGAGACUGAGGAGAGAGUCCAGAGUCUGGAGGAGCGCAGGAGAAAAGCUCAAGAAAAAGCAGCUGUAGAAGUGGAGAGAGUCACUGCCCUGGUUACAGACAUGAGGAGACGGCUGGAUGACCUGGAGAAGAAGGUCCUGAGUGAGAUCUUCAGGCAGGAAAAGGAAGAGUCGCUAUCACUGUCUGCUCUGAUCCAUCAGCUGGAAAUAAAGAAGAACGAGCUGUCCAGGAAGAUGAGACACAUUGAGGAGCUGUGUAACAUGGCGGAUCCAAUGACUGUCUUACAGGAACCAGACACAGGUGACUUGUGUGAUCCUGAGGAGGACGGAGGUGAUGAGGACACAGGGGGACAUGAUAAGACACAUGAUGGGGAUGAUCUGGAUGUGACUGUGAUCUCAGACACAUUCCACACAUUAUGUGACAUAAUAUCAGGUAUAAGGAUCUAUGGGGAGGGUCCUGCAGACAUAAUACUGGAUAUAAACACAGCUCAAAAUAAUCUCCUUAUAUCAGACGACCUGAAAACUGCAACCGGGACAGAAGAGAAGCAGAAUCGUCCAGAAAGGGUGAAGAGAUUCCAGUGUCCUCAGGUGAUGAGCAGAAGGACAUUCUCCUCAGGACUAGUGUUGCUCGGGCUGCAGAUGGAUACAGAUAAGUUGUCUGCAGUAUUGGAUUGA